AAUUGAUAAUCUUGCACCAUAUAAUAUAGCUGAUGAUAUCCUAUCAAAACAAUCUUCUGCAACCUUAAAACAAUGGUUACAAAUACCAGCCCAAAGGAGGAAUUUAGCAAAUGCCUUAAGACGUCAUCUUAUAUCAACACCUAGUGUUAAUUCUUUAGAAUUCAUAGAUGAUGAAAUAGGAAGAAAAUAA